AUGGUCCUCCCUCUGGUCUGGCUCUCCCGAUGCUGCCGUCACCUCCUCCUGCCAUCCUGGGCCCCCACACUUCAGGGCUCCUGGAGGUGCUGUUCCCAAGGUCCCAGGAGGAGCACAGAAGAGACAAGCUCCACACGCAGUGGGAAGAUGUCACCCUCCAGGGAGCCCCAGCCCCGCCCCACAGCUGAGCUGGCCCAGGCGGAGGAGCUGCUGGAGCAGGAGCUGGAGCUGUACCAGGCCCUGGUGGAAGGGCAAGAGGGGGCCUGGGAAGCCCAGGCCCUGGUGCUCAAGACACAGAAGCUAAAGGAACAGAUGCGGAGACACAGAGAGAGCCUAGGAGAAGUUGCCUAA